AUUCCAUAAUCUAAAAUAGCGGUAUAACCUCUCCUCUCCAUACCUAAAAAAUAUUUAGUUAAAAUGUGGAACCACGCCUUCAGUUCAUUUGGAUUAUUUUAUCCGCAUCUCCUGCUCCUUGUUAACACCUAUAUCAGCUCUUUUGGAGAUUGCCUUUUUGUGACAGAUUAUUUCACCCGAACGCCUCGCAAACUCAACGCUUUCAAGUCCUUCACGAGCGUUGAGUUGUUUCACUUCAAUGUGCCUGAUGAUACUGUGAUGGCUGUCUGGAAUCUCAUCACGUUUAAGGAACAAGGAGGAACGUUCGGAGACUCCUGCCCUGAUCGCAAUGUGACUGUAUACAUCCGAUCCGGGGCGCCUCCAGUGAUCAACCCUCUUCACACACACUUCCCCCUCGACACCAUGGUACCUGGCUCUUCUGCGGUCACGCUGACGUGGAUUCUUCCAAAUCGUACCACGGGGGUGUUUAACGUGACCAGUCCCCUCCCUGGGGACUGGUUCCUAGCAGCCCAUUUACCCAAAGACGAGGGGAAGAUCUCGGUCAAGGGUCUAUAUGAAGAAUGUCAGUACCUGUUCCAGCCGCAGCUCAUUGUUCAGAGGAUCAUUGGGUUGUCAGUGCUGUACCCUGGUUAUUUCAUUGAGCAGAUGAUCCCCAUUCACAACAGAUCUGUGCUUUACAAAGUCUUCAUCCCCAGUUACGUCUCUAAAGUCAAGGUGCAGCUUGUCAACUGCAGCACCAGCAGUAAGAGCAGCAAUGGGGGUUGUCCAGUGGUUGUGAAGCUGAGGGCUCGGGCCCCCCCAGUGCACGACUCCACUGCCCUGGACUGCAGGGAGGAGAGCAUCUGUGAGCUCCACACACCACUGGCUGUGUGGGAGCAGUGGUACUACAUCCUGGUCGAGAGAUUUGUCACUAACUCGAGCAUCUUCUUCCGCAUAGGAGUGCAAGUGACAGAUUGCUCCAAGCCCAGUGUCUCUAAGGACUAUCCAAGCGCCUCGUCUCUGAAUAUGCCCCAGUCCUUUGGCACGGCUAUGGGCUUCUCCCUGUCUGACACCCUCCUCGCCUCCCACCUGCCCAGUUUCUCAAACACUGCGACCCUCAGAAAUACUCCUGGUGGCAACAUCUCCUACAUGGCCCACACUCCGGACACCCAUAAGUGCUGGCCCAUCCGCCCCACACUUCGUAACGAGCUGGACACCUUUUCUGUUCACUUCUACGUCUUCUUCGGGCCCAACAUAUCCAUCCCUCCAGACCGGACUGCUGUUUUCGCCAUCAACCUUCUGCCCGUCCUGGAUAGUGGAGGAGUCCUAAAUAUGGAGCUAAAACUUAAUACGUCCUCACUGAAAGGAGAGAAUAUAACCAUAUUUGGGUGCCUGAAUCACAGAAUGCCAAUGUCCCAAAACGACGAUACCUCCCCGAAAUGUGAAUCUGAAUCAGAUUCUGGGUUUCUCCUCACGGUGAACAUCACUUCCAACAUCACCAAGCUCAGGAUCCCGUACCCACAAACAGGCACCUGGUACCUCAGUCUGCGUUCGCUCUGUGCCACUAAACAUGGGUUUGAGCAAUGUUCCAACGUGACGGCCGAGGUGUACCUGCGCUCUUAUCUGACGCCGUGCAUCAAUGACUGUGGGAUGUAUGGGCAGUGCAAGCUGCUGCGCACCAACAACUACCUUUAUGCUGCGUGUGAAUGUAAAGCAGGCUGGGCGGGAUGGGGGUGUACGGACAACUCCGAGGCGUACUCCUAUGGAUUCCAGCUCCUCUCCACCCUGUUGUUGUGCCUCAGCAACUUGAUGUUCGUACCGCCUGUGGCUAUAGCCAUACGGAGCCACUACCUGCUGGAGGCAGCGGUGUACAUUUUCACCAUGUUCUUCUCCACUUUCUACCAUGCGUGCGACCAGCCGGGCAUUGUGGUCUUCUGUAUCAUGGAGUACGACGUGCUGCAGUUCUGUGACUUCCUGGGCUCCCUCAUGUCCGUGUGGGUCACUGUCAUCGCCAUGGCAAGGCUCAAGUCCAUCAUCAAGCAGGUGUUGUACCUGCUGGGGGCGAUGUCUCUGUCCAUGGCCCUGCAGCUGGACCGUCACGGCCUGUGGAACCUGCUCGGGCCCAGCCUGUUUGCCCUGGGGAUUAUGGCUGUAGCCUGGACUGUGCGCACCGUCCGCCGGCGUCGCUGCUACCCUCCGACCUGGAAGCGCUGGGUGUUUUUCCUCCUCCCAGGAACUCUGAUCGCCACCUCCGCCGUGGCCCUGUACGCCUUCGUGGAAACACAGGAGAACUACUUCUACAUCCAUAGCAUCUGGCACAUGCUGAUCGCAGGUAGUGUCGGCUUCCUGUUGCCCCCUCCUGCCAAGGCCAACACCAAGGUGACACCCUUGAAGCAUCGGAGGAGCUGUGGCUAUCAACUCUGCGUGAACGAGCAUGAGGAAAUGGGGCUGGUCGACCCAAACAUCAUCUCCAUCAACAGCAUCUGCACCAGCUGA